AUGCUACACGUUGAGCCUACACCGUUUCAAAGAAAACAAAAUGAACUGAAAGAACGAUUAGAUUGGGCAAAGCGAGAGGACUCGGGUCAUUUCUACAUACCUUUGGGUGAAGUGGAGCGGAUCUUGAGUGAAAGCGCUUUGAGGUUGUUGAUCCGAUACUACGACCCUCAAUGUAGUAGAGAAGAUCUAAGCAACGCUGUCUGUCUGCUUCUUGAACGCCAACCGCAUGACGAUCUGGCGGCAUACCGUUAUCUUCGAGUGUUUGCAACACUGAUCCACUGCGGAAACGAGACCUACAUCGAGCGAGCGAUUCAAUAUUUUUUGAGCCCCAUUCGUGCCGAGCAACCAGAGUCGAAGAUAUGGAGGCCGCCGGAAGAUGUUACUUUGCCAACAAACGACGCCGAAGAUAUAAAGGCUUUCUACAACAAUCUGGGCAUAGAGCGGCACGGGUUCUAUGAUCACUUUUUCGAGCGAAAGAAAAGGUUCUGUGCCUUAGUGCUGAAGGAGGGUGGCAGACAUGAAGUCUCUCAGGAUGUAAUACUGCCGUUCUCGAUCAAUGACGAUGACCUCCUCGGUGAAGGCGGUGCGGGUAAAGUUUUCAAAGUAAAAGUCGGGAAGCGUCAUUGGGUGGAUAAGUGGCUUUCGAACCCGGAAGACAUGCUACUUGCCAUCAAAAGGUUCAAUCCCCCAACUACCGACAAACUGAAAGAUCGAUUCGAGAACGAGUUUCCGAAUCUGAUGAGAUUGAAGCACGCUAGCAUCAAGAGCGAGAACGUCAUGUUGCCCUUAGCGAGUUUGAAACAUGGACAGCAGCGUUAUUUGAUUUACGACCUGGCAGAAAACCAUCUUGGAGACUACAUGGCGCCCACAAAUGCCAAAUACGUCUUCACCAAGGAAAGCACAAAGACUGUCCUUAAGAAUGCAACAGACCUGGUGGGAGCCCUAAAGUGGAUUCACCAAUAUAAGCCUUAUCACUCAGUAUGGCAUAACGACAUCAAACCAGAGAAUAUCCUCAUCCUCCGAGAUAGCUCAAGAGAGAUAUGGAAGCUUGCGGACUUCGACCGGUCUCUUGCAAAAGCAACGCUCUCAGCGUCUGGAACUGAGCUCAGACCGAAAGACGAGCAUUCAUAUCGCUCCCCAGACAGAAAACGUGGCAAACGAGGUGACGUCUGGUCCAUGGCUUGCAUGAUCACACUUGUUUUAUCAUGGCUCGCCGACGGACCACAUGGUAUCGGAGAGUUCACUACGUUGAGGAACAAUGGCAACCCGGAGGCUCCGGAUGUUUUCUACGAAUGGAACAACCCUGAGUCACAGAACUUGAACCCAGGGGUACAAAAGUGGCUGGUACUAUUGUGUGGAAAAGCCAAGCAGAUGGCCGAAAAGCCCCUGGAGAACGGCGAAGCAGACGAUUUCAGCUCCAGGUACUCAAAAUACGUCGAAAAUGUCAUUGGUUUUUUGAAAAGGCGGGCGUUUGUUGCGUGGGAAAGCCGUGCACAUUCCGACGAGUUCUAUACCUUCAUGGACAAGGAAUAUUCUCAAAUCCCGAAUACAGACUUCAUGGAACCCGAAACCGUCAAAGAAAGCGAAGAAAUAUCGCCGACGCGUAUCGAGUCAACGUGGGAUGAGUUCCAAACGGCUUCACGAGCCCUAUCACCGCAGCCACAGAGAGCUUCACAUGAUUCUGAAUCCCAACGCACGCUUGCUCUCAGAACAAGGAACCUAUCGACAUUAAGCACUCCAAUAUCAGCAAAAACAGCAACAACUGAUCCUUUAACGGGGAUAACUACAAGGGAAUGCUCUCCGCUAUGUUCCGCAAUAGGCAGAAAAGUUCCACCCGACGAAAUACCCACGGAGAGUGCCGCGUUGAAUGAUCCCUGCCCCAAAUGUGGCGACAUACCCAUCCAUAAAGCGAUCAGAAAAGAUUCGGAGGCAUGGGUUCGCAAGCUCCUCGCCAAUAAGAAAACUAAGCGCGAGCUCAAAUGUGACAAAGGAGGAAGCUGUAACCCCCUGACACGCAGCGGCAAGGAAGGCAGACUAUGGGCAGCGAAGCUUCUUAUCGACGAAGGUUGCCGAGAUAUCGAUUACAAUGCCAUAAAGAGUCAUACUCUGAAAGACAAGAUCAAGAAGUACAUUAAGGACGUAGAGAAAGGCAGGAGGUAA